AUGACCCUUGAGCUAAACAUUUUUAAUAUUUGUAGGCAACCUCAAGACUUGGAAGAUGUACAAGAAGUAAAUUUGCUGGAAAGCAUCAUUGAGGAAGAGGCUUAUUUGGCAUACCAGCCCACUGACCUGCUGUUUGAGUUAGAAAAUAUUUGUGAGCUCAUCACUGAUGACACCCCCAUUGAUAUUUCUCCUGUUUUUAAUGCAGAAAAUAAAUUUGAGUCUAAAUGGAGGCCAAAAAUUGAGCAGCUUUCACCAUUGAUAGCAAGUUUGAAGCCUUCAGCAAAUGAAAUCCCAACACUAGAGCUGAAGCCAUUGCCGAGUGACCUGAAAUAUGCAUUUCUGGGUCCGGACAGCACCUUCCCAGUGGUGAUUUCAGCCCAACUCACUCAUGACCAAGAAGGGAGACUGAUGGAAGUCUUAAGGCAGCACAAAGGUGUUAUUGGGUGGACAAUUGCAGAUAUAAAAGGUAUAAAUCCUCUUGUGUGCACUCAUAGGAUUUAUUUAGAAGAAAAUGCUAAAGUCUCUAGGGAGAUGCAAAUGAGACUAAAUCUUACCAUGAAAGAGGUAGUAAAAACAGAGGUUUUGAAACUACUUGAUGUGGGAAUUAUCUACCCUAUUAUGGACAACAAGUGGGACAAACUCCACCCAAUUGGAGUGCUCAAGACAUACCAAAAUUCAAGCAUGAGGUAAAGUCAUUCUUCUAUGAUGAUCCUUACUUGUUUAAAUAUUGU